GGACUUUGGACUUUGGGCCUUUCUUGGACGGUCGGCAACCUGAAUCCGAAUGACAGCCCGUCGUUGCUUGCCCGCGUUUCUUCCCGUACUCGUGCAUCUAGCCUGACGUGCCGCGAUCAAGCAGAGCGGACUGAGAUAUGUAGAUCCACUAUAAGAACGCUGGGGCCCGGUCGCUCGCACCGCGUCUUUGACCUUUCUGUUCCUCUUCGGCUCGCCUUCUGCCCUCUUGGAAGACCUGAGCAAACACACGCCUCGUCGGAAUGUCGAUGCAAGUUGAGAACCCGCCACCAGCAGUAGUACCGGCGAAGCAGGGUGCCGGUCACCCGCUCGCACCCAUCACAGCGGACGAGAUCGUCCAUGCGUCGACGUUGAUCCGCAGACUCUGGCCCGAUCAGACGAGCAUUCAAUUCAAAGUUGUGACACUUGAGGAGCCGCCCAAGGCACAGGUGCUUCCUUACCUCGAAGCAGAGCAUGCCGGAGCUCCGCUGCCAGAGAUCGAGCGCAAGGCCUUUGUCAACUACUAUCUGAAGAACACGAACAAAUUCCAUGAAGCCGUUGUCAAUCUUUCACGAAACCGCGUGGAGCACCACGUGCUGCUAGGCCCCAAUGUUCACGGCACCGCUGAUGGCGAGGAGAUUCUCGCCAUCGAGAAGAUUGCACUGGAGGACGAAGCCGUGAAGGCUGAAAUCGCCAAGCUUCAGCUGCCCGAGGGAACCGUUGUUUGCUGCGAUCCGUGGAUUUAUGGAGCUGACGGCGUGGACGACGACGAGCGAAUGUACCAGUGCUUCCUCUACAUGCGCGACCCAGCAAACCCGAAGGAGGCAGACUCAUGUCACUACGCGUUUCCGCUGCCGAUCUCCCCCAUCAUCAGCACGGAGACCAUGAAAGUGAUCAAGGUCCAGAUCCUGCCCACGGACGCGGACCUGACGGUCAAGCCCGUUGAAAAAUACGUUCCAAGGCCGGCCAACGAAUACGUUUCCGAGUACCAGACGCUACGGACAGAUCUCAAGCCGCUGCACGUUCUCCAGCCAGAGGGCGCCAGCUUCACCGUCACCGAACAAGGCACGUCGACGGUGCUUGAGUGGCAAAAGUGGACCAUGCGUGUGGGAUUCAACCAGCGCGAGGGCAUCGUCCUUCACGACGUUCGUUACGCUGGCCGUACGCUCUUCUACCGACUGUCACUGUCGGACAUGAACAUCCCCUACGCCGACCCGCGCUCACCGUACCACAAGAAGUCCGCAUUCGACCUCGGCGACGUCGGCGCCGGGCUCAUGGCCAACGACCUCAAGCUGGGCUGUGACUGCCUCGGCUCGAUCUACUACCUGUCCGCCGUGCUUUCGGACGACAAGGGCGCGCCGCUUCCGAUGCCAAACGUGGUGUGCAUCCACGAGCAGGACGCUGGCAUCGGCUGGAAGCAUACAAACUACCGCACCGGUCGCGCGGCCGUGGUGCGCAACCGCGAAUUCGUGCUGCAGAGCAUCAUCACGGUGGCCAACUACGAGUACAUCCUGGCGUUCAUGUUCAACCAGGCCGGCGAAAUGGACUACGAGGUCCGCGCGACCGGCAUCCUCUCCACCCAGCCGAUCGACGACGGCGUCGACGUGCCCUUCGGAACGCGCGUGCACCCGGGCGUGCUGGCCGUCCACCACCAGCACAUCUUCUCCCUGCGCGUGGACCCCUUCCUCGACGGGUCGCCGGCCAACCGGGUCGUCUACGACGAGGCGCACGCCAUGCCGCGCAGCGAGUUCAACCCUCACGGGACGGGCUACGCCGUGCACGAGACCGUGGUCGAAAGAUCUGGCGGGUACGACCUCGACUUCGGCGUGAACCGCGUGUUCAAGAUCCAGAACGCGGCGGUGCGCAACCCGAUCAACGGCAAGCCGGUCGCGUACAAGAUCCACGCGCCCCCUUUCCAGUACAUGAUCUCGGACAAGGACUCGUUCAACUACAAGCGCGCCGAGUUUGCGGACCACAACAUCUACGUCGUCAAGUACCGCGACGGCGAGCUCUACUCCGGCGGUCGGUACACGAACCAGUCCCGCGGCGGCACGGGCGUCCGCUCGUGGGCCGCCCGCAACGAGAACGUCGUCGACGAGGACAUCGUGCUCUUCGUGCAGUUCGGCAUCAACCACGUGCCGCGCAUCGAGGACUUCCCCGUCAUGCCCUGCGAGAUCCUCAAGGUGGCCUUUAAGCCGGUCAACUUCUUCGACAAGAACCCCGCGCUCGACGUGCCACCUAGCACGCAGGCAUUCAACCAGAGCACGGGGCUGAACAAGACGGAAGAGAAGGCCGCGCAACAGCACCAGCAAAGCAUGGGCACGGCUGUUGUCGGCGCCAAAGGCGAGGUGUGCUGCACGAGCAAGCUAUGAAAUCACGACACAAAAAAAAAAAAAAAAAAAAA